CUCGACGUUUUACAAACGUACUUUUGGAAGGCCGAGGAUGACGCUGGAGGCUGCGACUCCUACUGGCCAGGUCGGGAGAAUUUCAAGGGCCAUGUUGUACACUGGAUGGAAUUAGGGGAGCCAGUUCGAAUGGCCCUCCCCGCGUUUCCUUUCAAGUCAACCAACAUGGACAAGGUACUCGGUGUACUGCCUGACUACGCCGAAUACCUGGGGUUAUGUCGACUGAACCAAAUGUGUGUGGAUGUCAGAGAGUUCUACAGUCCUGGCGCCGAGGUGACCAUCGCUGCGGAUGGUGUGGUUUUCAACGAUCUUCUUAUGGUUAGCGACGAAGAUGUAUGGAAUUAUGGUCAAGCGGUCAGAGAGAUGGUACAAAAGAACGGCUUUGAUCAAAAUCUGAAAGUGGUCCAUGCGAUGGAGAUUCUAUUUCUCGCCAUGAUCGAUCCGACAACGAAAAGCACUAAACUCACCGAAGAGAUCUUCUAUAAGACCAUAGACUCCUCCCGCGAUCUAAUCAUCAAUGGCUUCUGUCAGUCUGAAAAUGACACACAAAAGCUUGUGGAUGAGGAUAUCGAUUCACGACUCACCUACAAUGGCAUGAGAGCUUUUGUCAAGAUCGAUCUCGCAAACACAUCAAUUCGAAAAAAUGCUGCAAGCAAGAAGGACUAUCUUAAUGAGAUGUCAACCUUGGCUCUAAAAAUGAUGGGCCGCUCCGAAGGCUUUGGCAAACUUAUUCGGGCUGCAAUGCCUCAUCAUGUUCGCCUCUCCAUUCACCCGUCCUAUGGAACUGCCAAGCUGUCAAUUUGCUUGGUGCCUCAACUUCCAGGCUUCACAGCUCGGGCACCAUGGAUGAGCUGCAUUGCCGUCGACCGACAAGGAGCGAACCAUACAGCCCACGCAAGAGACGUUCGGGUCACCCAUCAGCUCGUGGUUGAAAAUGGAAUGCCGUGGAUGUUUGUGGAACGU